UUUGAUUCGCGACUUCGUUCAUGCUCGCGUUUCCAUGAGCUUUGUUUGUUAUCAGGGUUUCAGCUUCUACUUCAUCGUCUGCGACUGCGAUUUGCGUCGCAACAUACCUCAUCGCAUCGCAGAUUGACCUUGCUUGAUAUUUGGUGUGUACCACAUCGGAGGAUUACUGGAUCUCUACGUUCUGAUUUGGAGGAAACGGUGCGCCGGACGAUUGAUUGUUUCUGUUUGGAGAGUGAGUUGAAGUCUUGCGAUUCCGCCAUGGCGACUCCCGCAGCUGAACAUGCUGGGGAAUCGUCGGAUCCCAAGCCAGCUUCUAAAAAGGACUUUUCCACUGCUAUUUUGGAGCGUAAAAAGGCUCCGAACCGCCUGAUUGUUGAUGAGGCUGUAAAUGAUGAUAAUUCUGUUGUAGCUUUAAACAUGGAGAUCAUGGAAAAGCUUCAGCUUUUUCGUGGAGAUACUGUGCUGAUCAAGGGCAAGAAACGCAAAGAUACUGUGUGCAUCGUCUUAGCAGACGAUACCUGUGACGAGCCUAAGAUUCGGAUGAAUAAGGUGGUGAGGGCCAAUCUACGAGUACGCCUUGGAGAUGUGGUUUCAGUUCAUCAAUGUGCAGAUGUCAAAUAUGGCAAGCGAAUUCAUGUUCUUCCGUUUGAUGACUCGAUCGAGGGUGUGACUGGAAACCUAUUUGAUGCCUAUCUGAAGCCCUACUUUUUGGAGGCUUACAGGCCAGUUCGCAAAGGCGAUUUGUUUCUGGUACGAGGAGGCAUGAGAAGCGUGGAGUUUAAGGUUGUGGAAACAGAUCCUGCAGAGUACUGCAUCGUUGCUCCUGAUACAGAGAUCUUUUGCGAAGGCGAGCCUUUGAGGCGUGAGGAUGAGGAAAGAUUGGAUGAGGUUGGUUAUGACGAUGUGGGUGGAGUCCGCAAGCAGAUGGCCCAGAUUCGUGAACUUGUAGAGUUGCCUCUGCGUCAUCCUCAGCUUUUCAAGUCCAUUGGAGUAAAGCCUCCUAAGGGCAUCCUUUUGUUUGGUCCUCCUGGUUCGGGAAAGACAUUGAUUGCUAGAGCUGUGGCCAAUGAAACUGGGGCAUUUUUUUUCCUCAUCAAUGGUCCUGAAAUCAUGUCAAAGUUGGCUGGUGAGAGCGAGAGUAAUUUGAGGAAGGCUUUUGAGGAGGCAGAGAAGAAUGCGCCAUCAAUCAUUUUCAUUGAUGAGAUUGAUUCUAUUGCACCCAAGAGGGAGAAAACCCAAGGCGAAGUAGAAAGGCGAAUAGUAUCUCAGUUGUUAACUCUCAUGGACGGGUUGAAAUCUCGUGCUCAUGUCAUUGUUAUGGGAGCUACCAACCGGCCGAAUAGUAUUGAUCCAGCACUACGCCGUUUUGGUCGGUUCGAUCGUGAAAUUGACAUCGGGGUCCCUGAUGAAGUUGGCCGGCUUGAAGUCGUUCGUAUUCACACUAAGAAUAUGAAGCUUGCUGAGGAUGUUGAUCUGGAGAAAAUAGCUCAUGAUACUCAUGGGUUUGUUGGUGCUGAUUUGGCGGCAUUAUGCACAGAAGCAGCGCUGCAAUGCAUUCGGGAGAAGAUGGAUGUAAUAGACCUGGAAGACGAAACAAUCGAUGCCGAAGUGCUUAACUCUAUGGCUGUAACGAAUGAGCAUUUCCAGACUGCACUGGGUAUCAGCAAUCCGUCUGCCCUUCGGGAGACAGUGGUUGAGGUGCCGAAUACUACCUGGGAGGACAUUGGGGGUCUGGAGAAUGUCAAGCGGGAGCUUCAGGAGACUGUGCAAUAUCCAGUGGAGCAUCCUGAAAAGUUUGAGAAAUUUGGAAUGUCGCCUUCUAAGGGUGUGUUGUUCUAUGGUCCGCCUGGAUGUGGAAAGACGCUCCUCGCCAAGGCAAUCGCCAAUGAGUGCCAGGCCAAUUUUAUUAGUGUGAAGGGACCUGAGCUUUUGACCAUGUGGUUUGGCGAGAGCGAAGCGAACGUACGAGAUGUAUUUGACAAGGCUCGCCAGUCAGCUCCUUGUGUCCUCUUUUUUGAUGAGCUAGAUUCUAUCGCCAAUCAGCGUGGCAGUAGUCAAGGCGAUGGUGGUGGCGCUGCUGAUCGCGUCUUGAACCAGUUGCUUACAGAGAUGGAUGGUAUGAACGCGAAAAAGACGGUGUUCAUCAUUGGUGCAACCAAUAGGCCUGAUAUUAUAGACUCUGCACUACUUAGGCCUGGACGUUUGGAUCAGCUCAUUUAUAUUCCUCUACCAGAUGAAGCUUCUCGCUUGAGAAUUUUCCAAGCAGCUUUAAGGAAGAGUCCUUUGGCCAAGGAGGUGGAUUUGGAAGCCCUGGCCAGGUACACACAAGGUUUCAGUGGUGCGGAUAUCACUGAAAUCUGUCAGCGCGCUUGCAAGUACGCCAUUCGUGAAAACAUUGAGAAGGAUAUUGAGAGGGAAAAGAGAAUGGCAGAGAAUCCCGAAGCUAUGGAAGAAGACGAGGUAGAAGAAGUUGCGCAGAUCAAGGCAUCCCACUUUGAAGAAGCAAUGAAAUAUGCUCGCCGAAGUGUAAGUGAUGCUGACAUCCGCAAGUACCAAGCGUUUGCUCAGACUCUGCAGCAGUCGCGUGGAUUCGGAUCGGAGUUUCGAUUCCCAGAUCGUGCAGUUGGUGCAGGAGCACCAAGCGCUGCCGACACUACUCCGGGAUUUGGUGUAGCAGCUGCAGCUGAUGAUGAUGAUUUGUAUAGCUAGAUCUGUGAAUGAAUUGAGCUGCUUCCAGACAGUUUUCAUGUUCAGUUGGUACAAAUUUUGCACAGAUUCCACUCGCCUCCAAUGCGAAAUGAGAAUUUUUAUCACUUUGUUCCAAUCUUGGUAAUUUGUUAUUAAUUUGUUAAAAUUUGUAAA